AUGUCGGUGAAGGUGCCGUACGGCUCGGUGCAGUACCAGUCGCACCAUCACUGUCAGUGCGACUUUUGCGACAGCCGCCGCAGCGUCGACGCAAAGAAGCGUGGCGUCGGCGCCGCCCUCGAGCAAUUUCAUGCGUCACAGCAGAAAAGCAACUCCCACCCCCUCAAUGCUGCGGCGCCGGGUAAGGCCGGCGCUGGAAAGGGGGCGCCGUCGUUUGAGCUUGACGACCCCGAGCACCAUGUGAAUCAGACCGAACUCAACGCCAAGAUGGGCCGCACCGGCCUUCCUGAGGGUGACAAAUACACAAUCGCAACGGGCGGUACGCGUGGGGCUUGUGGCUCUGGCGCUGGUGUGGCCGUCAAACCGAAGACAAAGGAGGAGCAGGAGGCGGAGGCAAUGGAGGACCUUGAUCGUCUUGAACGCCUUCUCAUUCUUGAACACAAGGCUCGCGUGAAGGCGACGGCAGACGCGGAACGGCACGCCUUGCUGGAAUCAACUGGUAAAGGCCCGCGCCCGCAGCCCUUCGAGGCACUUCCACCUCCUCCAGCGGAGGCUGAGGCGAAGGACGCAACAAAGAUGGGAAGUGGCGUGUACCAGGCAGGCACCAUCCGCGAGGCGUACGAAAACGCGCAUCGUUGCUCCGUCACACCGCCGCCGCAUUGUGAGGCAUCACACCUGCUCCAGCACACCAUGGACGACGUACGUGAGGUGGCCAGAGACCCUGUCAAUAAGCGGAAUCCCGUCAAGUUACAGAAUAUCCUGCAACUCCAAGGAGCUCAAGGAGCCACACCGAAAUCACUCUCCCCAGGGCAGGCGGACGCCGCUGGCAGCGGUGUCGGUGAUUCAACCGCGAAAAGGGGAUGGGGCUAUUUUGGGCCACGUCCAGAGGGCGCGGGCGUGGUGUGGCGCAAGAUUCAGCCAAGCAUCCCAGAGGACACAACGACGGCAUGUGGGGGCCUUGGCAAUGCUGACAAUCGCCAUUUGUGGAAGUCGACAGUAGUGAAGGGAAGUAGUGAGAAACAGCCCACCGCUAAUGGAACUAUCGCGAAGAAGGCCGUUGCUGUCGCAGAACCUCCAGUAACAUCUCCGGGCGCCCUUGCCGCCGCUGCCAUUCAAGCACAGGAAAAGGAGCUUAAGGCGCGGGAUGCUGCUGUUUCACCUAUACCUACGCUUCGUGCCGGAGAGGAGACGCCGAUUUAA